AUGGAAGCAAUACCUUUAGAUUUUGGCGCGGGCCCCCUUGUUUGGAUUGACUGUGAAAUGACUGGACUCAAUCCGCGCACUGACAAACUGCUAGAAAUUGCCGUUCAAAUCACCAAUGGAAAUCUAGAACUUGUAGAUGAAGGCAUUGAAUACGUCAUUCAUACCGAGAAACAAGUCCUAGAUGGUAUGGAUACGUGGUGUACGAACCAGCACGGAAAAUCCGGGCUCACGCAAGCAUGCCUUGACUCACCAAACUCGCGCGAAUAUGUCGCCGGCGAAGUGUUAAAAUAUAUCAAAAAGUGGAUUCCGAAGCAGAGGACAGGUGUCCUCGCUGGAAACUCUGUCCAUGCGGAUAGAUCAUUCUUAGUAGAAGAAAUGCCAGAAGUCACAGACUGGCUGCAUUAUCGCAUCGUCGAUGUAUCUUCCAUUAAAGAACUAUGCCGAAGGUGGUAUCCUACACUCAAAUUCCCUAGUCAACAAGAAUCCUCGCAUCGAGCUCUGGACGAUAUCCGUGGAUCGAUCAGAGAACUCAAGUGGUACCGCGAAAAUAUCUUCGUAACUCCUGGUCAGGCACCAAAGACUUAG